AUGGGUUUGAUAACUUCAAGGGAGCAGACAAUGUUGGACGGACCGGUGGCGUCUGUGAAGAGUCACCAUGUACGGCAGCCGUCGACUAGGAACCGUACAAAGCCUCCGAUGCCAGACCGCGACGAGCUGGAGAACCGUUUCGUCAAAGUUCUGGCAUCCAUGGACUUACCCCCGGAUAAAGCAAAACUCCUGCGCAACUACGACCUGGAGAAGAAAUGGGAGAUAAUCUGCGAUCAAGAUAUGGUGCAGGCUAAAGACUCGCCGGCGCAUUAUCUUAACAAGCUCAGGACCUACCUCGAUCCUAAGGCUUCUAGGAGUCAUAGAAAACGGAAGAUGGUCGGCGACUCCACAUCGACGCAAGUCCUCAGAGACUUGGAGAUAUCUUUACGAACAAACCACAUAGAAUGGGUACGCGAGUUCCUCAACGAACAAAACCAAGGCCUGGAUGUGCUAAUCGAUUACCUGAGCUUCCGGCUCAGCAUGAUGCGGCACGAGCAAAGGAUCGCAUUAGCUAGGAGUCAGUCCAGCGAUGGUAUCAACCAGGUGAACACAACAACAUCAGAAUGCAGCGGUCCAACCGAUGGUGGAUCUACAAUGAGCGCUACCUGGAGGCGACGCGCACGCAGCGCGGACGCCGAGUGUGAAGGGGCUGCCAGUCCUGCAGCCGUGAGGCGGCGGACCAGGCACGCGGCCAGGUUGAACAUGGGAGCCAGCACUGAUGACAUACACGUGUGCAUUAUGUGUAUGAGAGCUAUCAUGAAUAACAAGUACGGCUUCAACAUGGUCAUCCAACACAGAGAAGCUAUCAACAGCAUAGCUCUAUCUCUAGUCCACCAUUCCCUCCGCACAAAGGCUUUAGUUCUCGAGCUCUUAGCCGCCAUAUGCCUGGUGAAGGGGGGCCACCAAAUCAUCUUGUCAGCCUUUGAUAAUUUCAAGGAAGUCGUCGGAGAACCACGCCGGUUUCAUACCCUCAUGGAGUACUUCAUGAAUUAUGAUAAUUUCCAUAUUGAGUUUAUGGUGGCGUGCAUGCAGUUUGUGAACAUUAUAGUCCAUUCUGUGGAGGAUAUGAACUUCAGGGUGCAUUUGCAGUACGAGUUCACGGCGCUGAAGCUCGACGACUACCUGGAGAGGUUACGGCUGUGCGAGAGUGAUGAUUUACAGGUCCAAAUUUCAGCGUAUUUGGACAAUGUGUUCGACGUAGCCGCGUUGAUGGAGGACAGCGAGACCAAGACCGCUGCGCUCGAGAAAGUCAACGAACUCGAGGACGAGUUGGGACAUGCGCACGAGCGUUUGGCGGCGCUGGAGCGCGAGGCCAUCGCCAAGCUCGCCACGCUCGAGGCGGAGCUGGGGCAGGUGCGUCAGGAGCGCGACCAGCUCGCAGAGGCCAGGAGACAGGUUGUUGAAGAGGUAUCAACGUUACGCCGCGCGCAGCAGGACUCCCGCAACCGGCAGUCGAUGCUGGAGUCCAAAGUCCAGGAGCUGGAGUCUCUCACUAAGACACUGCCGAGGGGAGCUUCCAUGGGCGCAAUCUCUUCACACCUCUGUAACGGCGGCACACCAAACGGUCACAGUUUACCAAACGGUGACACGCCUACCUACAAAUCCCCGCCUCCACCACCUGUUGCCCCUCCAGCACCUGUCGCACCACCUCCCCCCGCGCCUUGUCCACCUCCCGCUCCAUGCCCCCCACCACCUCCACCACCGCCUUCGCUAGCACCCGCUCCACCUCCCCCCGCACCGCCAGCGCCUGGCCUCAUGGCCCCGCCACAUCAUACAGAUGCCAUGACCAUCAAACGGAAAGUGGACACUAAAUAUAAGCUGCCGACAUUGAACUGGAUUGCAUUGAAACCAAAUCAGGUGCGCGGUACAAUCUUCAACGAGUUGGACGAGGAGCGUCCCCGGCGACGGAUCAACUUCACAGAGUUCGAAGAGAAGUUCCGCAUCGGCGGGGUGUGCGGUGGCUCGCAACUCGACACAGACACUGACACACUCGCAUCGUUCCCUAGCAAACGCUUUAGAAAACCUGACACUGUAUCGUUAUUGGAACACACCAGGCUUAGGAACAUUGCAAUAUCUAGAAGAAAACUCGACACGCCAGUCGAGAAAGUCAUCGCUGCCAUCAACAACUUAGACCUCAAACAAUUACCUCUAGAAAGCGUAGAGAUCCUGCAAAGAAUGGUGCCAACAGAGGCCGAACAGAAAGCCUACAAAGAAUACGUCGCCGAAAAGAAAAACAUCAAUCAACUGACGGAAGAAGACAAAUUCCUGAUGCAGUUGGCCAAAGUUGAACGAAUUUCUGCCAAAUUGUCCAUCAUGAGUUACAUGGGCAACUUCUUCGAAAAUAUACAUCUCAUUACGCCACAAAUUCACGCCAUAAUAUCUGGUUCUUCCUCUGUUAAGUCUUCGACGAAACUAAGGAAUGUUCUCGAAAUUAUUCUGGCGUUCGGUAACUAUUUGAAUAGCAGUAAGCGGGGUCCUGCGUACGGGUUCAAGCUGCAAUCUUUGGAUACACUAAUGGAUACUAAGUCCACAGAUAAGAGGAUAUCGUUGCUACACUACAUCGUGGGGACGAUCAGACAGAACUUCCCUGAACUGAUGAACUUUGAUACAGAGUUGUUGUAUAUUGAUAAAGCUGCUCAAGUGUCGCUGGAGAACGUGGCGGGCGACGUGUGCGAGCUGGAGCGCGGCAUGGAGGCGGUGCGGCGCGAGGCGGAGGCGCGCGACGGGCACCGCGCCACCGGACACGUGCUGCGCGACUUCCUCGCCAACGCCGCCGACAAGCUGCGCCGACUGCGCCACGAGACCAAGCACGCGCAGGUACACUCACACACACUUCUCACCUUACUUUAUCUGUACGACGGGCACCGCGCCACCGGACACGUGCUGCGCGACUUCCUCGCCAACGCCGCCGACAAGCUGCGCCGACUGCGCCACGAGACCAAGCACGCGCAGGUACACUCACACACACUUCUCACCUUACUUUAUCUGUACGACGGGCACCGCGCCACCGGACACGUGCUGCGCGACUUCCUCGCCAACGCCGCCGACAAGCUGCGCCGACUGCGCCACGAGACCAAGCACGCGCAGGUACACUCACACACACUUCUCACCUUACUUUAUCUGUACGACGGGCACCGCGCCACCGGACACGUGCUGCGCGACUUCCUCGCCAACGCCGCCGACAAGCUGCGCCGACUGCGCCACGAGACCAAGCACGCGCAGGUACACUCACACACACUUCUCACCUUACUUUAUCUGUACGACGGGCACCGCGCCACCGGACACGUGCUGCGCGACUUCCUCGCCAACGCCGCCGACAAGCUGCGCCGACUGCGCCACGAGACCAAGCACGCGCAGGUACACUCACACACACUUCUCACCUUACUUUAUCUGUACGACGGGCACCGCGCCACCGGACACGUGCUGCGCGACUUCCUCGCCAACGCCGCCGACAAGCUGCGCCGACUGCGCCACGAGACCAAGCACGCGCAGGUACACUCACACACACUUCUCACCUUACUUUAUCUGUACGACGGGCACCGCGCCACCGGACACGUGCUGCGCGACUUCCUCGCCAACGCCGCCGACAAGCUGCGCCGACUGCGCCACGAGACCAAGCACGCGCAGGUACACUCACACACACUUCUCACCUUACUUUAUCUGUACGACGGGCACCGCGCCACCGGACACGUGCUGCGCGACUUCCUCGCCAACGCCGCCGACAAGCUGCGCCGACUGCGCCACGAGACCAAGCACGCGCAGGUACACUCACACACACUUCUCACCUUACUUUAUCUGUACGACGGGCACCGCGCCACCGGACACGUGCUGCGCGACUUCCUCGCCAACGCCGCCGACAAGCUGCGCCGACUGCGCCACGAGACCAAGCACGCGCAGGUACACUCACACACACUUCUCACCUUACUUUAUCUGUACGACGGGCACCGCGCCACCGGACACGUGCUGCGCGACUUCCUCGCCAACGCCGCCGACAAGCUGCGCCGACUGCGCCACGAGACCAAGCACGCGCAGGUACACUCACACACACUUCUCACCUUACUUUAUCUGUACGACGGGCACCGCGCCACCGGACACGUGCUGCGCGACUUCCUCGCCAACGCCGCCGACAAGCUGCGCCGACUGCGCCACGAGACCAAGCACGCGCAGGUACACUCACACACACUUCUCACCUUACUUUAUCUGUACGACGGGCACCGCGCCACCGGACACGUGCUGCGCGACUUCCUCGCCAACGCCGCCGACAAGCUGCGCCGACUGCGCCACGAGACCAAGCACGCGCAGGUACACUCACACACACUUCUCACCUUACUUUAUCUGUACGACGGGCACCGCGCCACCGGACACGUGCUGCGCGACUUCCUCGCCAACGCCGCCGACAAGCUGCGCCGACUGCGCCACGAGACCAAGCACGCGCAGGUACACUCACACACACUUCUCACCUUACUUUAUCUGUACGACGGGCACCGCGCCACCGGACACGUGCUGCGCGACUUCCUCGCCAACGCCGCCGACAAGCUGCGCCGACUGCGCCACGAGACCAAGCACGCGCAGGUACACUCACACACACUUCUCACCUUACUUUAUCUGUACGACGGGCACCGCGCCACCGGACACGUGCUGCGCGACUUCCUCGCCAACGCCGCCGACAAGCUGCGCCGACUGCGCCACGAGACCAAGCACGCGCAGGUACACUCACACACACUUCUCACCUUACUUUAUCUGUACGACGGGCACCGCGCCACCGGACACGUGCUGCGCGACUUCCUCGCCAACGCCGCCGACAAGCUGCGCCGACUGCGCCACGAGACCAAGCACGCGCAGGUACACUCACACACACUUCUCACCUUACUUUAUCUGUACGACGGGCACCGCGCCACCGGACACGUGCUGCGCGACUUCCUCGCCAACGCCGCCGACAAGCUGCGCCGACUGCGCCACGAGACCAAGCACGCGCAGGUACACUCACACACACUUCUCACCUUACUUUAUCUGUACGACGGGCACCGCGCCACCGGACACGUGCUGCGCGACUUCCUCGCCAACGCCGCCGACAAGCUGCGCCGACUGCGCCACGAGACCAAGCACGCGCAGGUACACUCACACACACUUCUCACCUUACUUUAUCUGUACGACGGGCACCGCGCCACCGGACACGUGCUGCGCGACUUCCUCGCCAACGCCGCCGACAAGCUGCGCCGACUGCGCCACGAGACCAAGCACGCGCAGGUACACUCACACACACUUCUCACCUUACUUUAUCUGUACGACGGGCACCGCGCCACCGGACACGUGCUGCGCGACUUCCUCGCCAACGCCGCCGACAAGCUGCGCCGACUGCGCCACGAGACCAAGCACGCGCAGGUACACUCACACACACUUCUCACCUUACUUUAUCUGUACGACGGGCACCGCGCCACCGGACACGUGCUGCGCGACUUCCUCGCCAACGCCGCCGACAAGCUGCGCCGACUGCGCCACGAGACCAAGCACGCGCAGGUACACUCACACACACUUCUCACCUUACUUUAUCUGUACGACGGGCACCGCGCCACCGGACACGUGCUGCGCGACUUCCUCGCCAACGCCGCCGACAAGCUGCGCCGACUGCGCCACGAGACCAAGCACGCGCAGGUACACUCACACACACUUCUCACCUUACUUUAUCUGUACGACGGGCACCGCGCCACCGGACACGUGCUGCGCGACUUCCUCGCCAACGCCGCCGACAAGCUGCGCCGACUGCGCCACGAGACCAAGCACGCGCAGGUACACUCACACACACUUCUCACCUUACUUUAUCUGUACGACGGGCACCGCGCCACCGGACACGUGCUGCGCGACUUCCUCGCCAACGCCGCCGACAAGCUGCGCCGACUGCGCCACGAGACCAAGCACGCGCAGGUACACUCACACACACUUCUCACCUUACUUUAUCUGUACGACGGGCACCGCGCCACCGGACACGUGCUGCGCGACUUCCUCGCCAACGCCGCCGACAAGCUGCGCCGACUGCGCCACGAGACCAAGCACGCGCAGGUACACUCACACACACUUCUCACCUUACUUUAUCUGUACGACGGGCACCGCGCCACCGGACACGUGCUGCGCGACUUCCUCGCCAACGCCGCCGACAAGCUGCGCCGACUGCGCCACGAGACCAAGCACGCGCAGGUACACUCACACACACUUCUCACCUUACUUUAUCUGUACGACGGGCACCGCGCCACCGGACACGUGCUGCGCGACUUCCUCGCCAACGCCGCCGACAAGCUGCGCCGACUGCGCCACGAGACCAAGCACGCGCAGGUACACUCACACACACUUCUCACCUUACUUUAUCUGUACGACGGGCACCGCGCCACCGGACACGUGCUGCGCGACUUCCUCGCCAACGCCGCCGACAAGCUGCGCCGACUGCGCCACGAGACCAAGCACGCGCAGGUACACUCACACACACUUCUCACCUUACUUUAUCUGUACGACGGGCACCGCGCCACCGGACACGUGCUGCGCGACUUCCUCGCCAACGCCGCCGACAAGCUGCGCCGACUGCGCCACGAGACCAAGCACGCGCAGGUACACUCACACACACUUCUCACCUUACUUUAUCUGUACGACGGGCACCGCGCCACCGGACACGUGCUGCGCGACUUCCUCGCCAACGCCGCCGACAAGCUGCGCCGACUGCGCCACGAGACCAAGCACGCGCAGGUACACUCACACACACUUCUCACCUUACUUUAUCUGUACGACGGGCACCGCGCCACCGGACACGUGCUGCGCGACUUCCUCGCCAACGCCGCCGACAAGCUGCGCCGACUGCGCCACGAGACCAAGCACGCGCAGGUACACUCACACACACUUCUCACCUUACUUUAUCUGUACGACGGGCACCGCGCCACCGGACACGUGCUGCGCGACUUCCUCGCCAACGCCGCCGACAAGCUGCGCCGACUGCGCCACGAGACCAAGCACGCGCAGGUACACUCACACACACUUCUCACCUUACUUUAUCUGUACGACGGGCACCGCGCCACCGGACACGUGCUGCGCGACUUCCUCGCCAACGCCGCCGACAAGCUGCGCCGACUGCGCCACGAGACCAAGCACGCGCAGGUACACUCACACACACUUCUCACCUUACUUUAUCUGUACGACGGGCACCGCGCCACCGGACACGUGCUGCGCGACUUCCUCGCCAACGCCGCCGACAAGCUGCGCCGACUGCGCCACGAGACCAAGCACGCGCAGGUACACUCACACACACUUCUCACCUUACUUUAUCUGUACGACGGGCACCGCGCCACCGGACACGUGCUGCGCGACUUCCUCGCCAACGCCGCCGACAAGCUGCGCCGACUGCGCCACGAGACCAAGCACGCGCAGGUACACUCACACACACUUCUCACCUUACUUUAUCUGUACGACGGGCACCGCGCCACCGGACACGUGCUGCGCGACUUCCUCGCCAACGCCGCCGACAAGCUGCGCCGACUGCGCCACGAGACCAAGCACGCGCAGGUACACUCACACACACUUCUCACCUUACUUUAUCUGUACGACGGGCACCGCGCCACCGGACACGUGCUGCGCGACUUCCUCGCCAACGCCGCCGACAAGCUGCGCCGACUGCGCCACGAGACCAAGCACGCGCAGGUACACUCACACACACUUCUCACCUUACUUUAUCUGUACGACGGGCACCGCGCCACCGGACACGUGCUGCGCGACUUCCUCGCCAACGCCGCCGACAAGCUGCGCCGACUGCGCCACGAGACCAAGCACGCGCAGGAUUCUUUCGCGUCGUGCGUGGAAUACUUCGGAGAGGCGCCUCGCGGGUGCGACGCCAAUGCUUUCUUCUCGCUUCUCGUAAGAUUUACGAGAGCGUACAAGCAAGCUGAUGCAGAGAACGAACAACGACGACGUCUGGAGCAGGCGGCGGCGCAACAGGACCAUGUCGACCCUAACAAAGCUAAGCUGGUGCAGAAAAAACAACAGGAAGCUGUAAUCAACGAACUAAAAACGAAGUCGCAGGCCGUCGGCGAAAAGAAACUGCUUCACCAAGACGAAGUAUACAACGGCGCAUUGGAGGAUAUUUUACACGGGCUACGGAGCGAGCCGUAUCGCCGCGCUGACGCCGUCCGCCGCUCACACCGACGUCGCAUCAACUCACACCGACUCUCCAAAGGGCUUGAGGAACUGGAUGUAUGA